AUGAUCCAAACACGAACUCACGAGCAAACUCUUUCAAAAGAACCAUGGUAUCAUGGACUGUUGCCACGUGAAGAUAUGAAAGUGUUACUGACACAGAGGGGAGAUUUCCUCGUAAGAUUCACUGACCCAAAAAUUGGAGAAUCAAGGAAGUUUGUUCUAUCAGUUUAUGUUGGAAUUGCGGACGAUAUCCGUCACUACGUCAUCAGAGAAAUGGAAAACAAAUUUGCGGUGGACGUGAAAUGGUUUGCCACGAUUCCAGAUCUUCUAAACUAUCACCAUCGUACCAAGGAGCCAGUUGCUAGUGGAUGUGCAGAGUCAGUACUUAUCCGGCCAAUUGGUCGUGAACCGUGGGAAAAACAACACUCUGAUGUGACAUUGUUGAAGAAACUAGGUGAAGGAGCAUUCGGAGAAGUUCAGUUAGGAGAGAUUCGAAUUGGAAAUACGGUCAAGAAAGCGGCUAUCAAACUAGCAAAAUUGGAGUCAUUGACCAAAGAGCAAAUCAAAGAAAUAAUGCACGAGGCGAGGUUAAUGCGAAAAUUCAAACAUCCGAAUGUUGUUACUUUUUACGGAGUUGCUGCAGGACAGGAACCGUUGAUGGUGAUUAUGGAAUUGGCUGAAAAUGGCGCGCUCGAUUCAUAUCUGAAAAAGAACACUGGCUCAUUGUCAAUGUCCAAAAAGAAUGAUAUGGUCUUUCAAGCAGCUCUUGGAUUGGAAUACCUCCAUUCUCUUCAAAUCAUCCAUCGAGAUAUCGCUUCCAGAAACUGUCUUUAUGGAGGAGGACAAGUCAAAAUAUCGGAUUUUGGAAUGUCCAGAGAGGGGACCAGUUAUCGAUUGAAUCCUUAUAAAAAAGUUCCCAUCAGAUGGCUGGCUCCAGAAGUUCCACGCACCGGAUUCUAUACUCCAAAAACCGAUGUUUUUGCCUACGGAAUCAUGUGUUGGGAAGUGUAUCAUGACGGAACAGAACCGUAUCCAGGGAUGAAAGUGGCUGAAGUGUUGCCACGUGUACAGGAAGGAUAUCGAAUGCCUUUCGAGGCAGGGGUUGCCCCGGCUGUUGUCAAGUACAUCACAGAAAGAAUAUGCUCGGCUACAGAAUAUGAUCGUGUCACAAUGUCUGAAAUAGUUCGUGAACUUCCGAGCAUUGAUGGAUUCGAACAAGCUCCCGGAUCCAACAGUUACUUCGAACUUCCCAAUAAAAUCAAAAAAGAAGAUCUUACACCAUCGAAACAAUCUCCACUCGUCAACAUUCUUCCACGUGUUUCUCAACCAGUUUCUGCUCCAUUCGCAGCUACUAAUCAAGUUGUAAAUGUGCUCCAGGCUCCACCCACUUAUCUGGACCGUGCCCCAGACAAACCGGAGAAGACAAUGCAACAGAAGAAGUCAGUUUCCAUUACUACUACUACGGAGGAGGGAAACAAAAAGAGUAAAACUCCGAUUCGUACUCGUAUUACAAACUUCCAAAACUUCCGUGGUACUCCUUCGAAUAACAAAAGUCAGUCGGUUUCGAUUGCUGCAAACACACAGGCAAAUGCAAAAGCGAAAAAGAAGAAUAAACAGUCGUCGUCAUCUUCUGUUGAUGCUCCCACAUCAUCUGGAUUCUCUGUUCUUAGUAUCUUUCAGAAAAAGAAACCCAGUGGAGAUAAGAGUGAAGGUUUAUGA